CAUAGUUCCGUUCAAUUUUACAAACACGAGAAAUGUGUAUGUGCCGUCUCAGCUGAGUCUCUACGAUGAAAUUUUCGUGGAGGAUUUUGCACAGAGAAAUAUCUAUUUUAUCAUUAGAACUGAGUGCAAGAACGUUAUUUUUUCAAGUAGUAGGAUUUAAAAUAAGUGCUACAAAAUGACAGGUGGGAGUAAAUUAGCAACAACUUCAACAGCAUCAUCAGCUGAUUCCUUUUGGUUUAAAUAUGUCCUGUCAUCUAUCGCAGCAGUAUGUGCAGAAACAGCUACAUACCCUUUGGACCUCACGAAGACCCGCCUACAGAUUCAGGGAGAGAAGGCAGGGGGUGGAGCCCUCAUGGCCAAGCGAGGAAUGGUCAGCACAGCAUUGGGAAUAGUUCGUGAAGAGGGGGUGCUCAGUCUUUAUCAGGGACUACAACCAGCUUUAAUUCGGCACAUAGUUUACACAGGUAGCCGGAUGUCUAUUUAUGAAUUAUUCAGGGAACACAUUUUACAAAGAGAGGCUGACGGAAGCUUCCCAGUAUGGAAGGCCUCACUAGGGGGGCUGAUCGCUGGAGCUCUCGGUCAGCUGAUAGCCAGUCCUACUGACCUGAUUAAAGUCCAGAUGCAGAUGGAGGGAAGAAGAAAAUUGGAGGGGAAACCCCCUAGAGUUAGAGGGUUUUUUGAUGCAUUUCAAAAAAUAGUGGCAGAAAGUGGUGUUAAAGGUUUAUAUAGAGGAGUGGUACCAAAUGUACAGAGGGCAGCACUGGUUAAUAUGGGAGAUUUAUGUACUUAUGAUACAGCCAAACAGAAUAUUUUACGUCACACUGAUCUAAAAGAUAAUUAUGUCACACAUUCCUUAGCAAGUGCCUGUUCAGGUUUAGUGGCAGCUACCUUUGGGACACCAGCUGAUGUUGUCAAAACCAGAAUAAUGAACCAGCCAACAAAAAAUGGAAAAGGAUUGCUAUAUACGGGUUCCAUAGACUGUUUAAUUAAAACAGCCACACAGGAAGGUGUGAUGGCUCUAUACAAAGGAUUCAUCCCCAUUUGGUUACGAAUGGCACCCUGGUCCUUGUGUUUUUGGUUGUCCUUUGAGAAGAUCCGUCGACUUGCAGGGGCUUCCUCAUUUUGAUUUAGAAGAUUUUAGUGAUUGAUCAGUAUUUAAUUAGACCAUGUUAUAAAUAUUUUACUCAUCUGAGCUGAAAACUCCAGUAAGCUUUUCUGAUCAUAUUUUGUCCAGUGUCCCCUGUCCGUUUGUCUGUAAACACAUUUUCGACUUCUGUAAGAACUACGGAACAAAUUUCAACCAAACUAGCCAAAAAGUAUACUUGGGUAAAGGGAAUUGAAUUUUAUCAAUUGAAGGGCCACACCCUUUCUUAAGGGGAGGCAAUUUAAAAUCAAAGAAAAUAAAUGCAUGGCAUUCUUAAAAAAAAAAAGACUUCUCAAGAACCACUAGGCCAAAAAAGAAGAUACUUUUGUGAAAGCUUCAUAACAUGGUGUUUGUUCAAAUCAUGAUCUCCAAGGGUAUAGGAUGGGGCAACAAUGGGGGAUCAUAUAUUUACAUAGGAAUAUAUUUGUGACAAUCAUCUAUUGGUACAUGUACAGGUAUUACAAUUGAAAGAGCUUUUGAAAUAUUUACAUGUAUUUAAAGUCAAACCUUGUUACCUCAAAUUCAAGGGGACCAAGGAAAACCCCUUCAGAUAUAUCCAAAAUGUUAGAGGUUUAAAUGCAAUUACAUGUAGUAAAAAAAAGUAUUUGGGACUUUCAAAUUGCAUAGACAUAUCUACCGUACAUGUACAAUGUCAAGUUUUCCUUCCAUCUUUGCAACGUGUAUAACAGUGAAUGUGUGUUCAGUUGAGUUGAUUACAGUCAGAGAAUAAUGUUGGAUGACUUGUCAGUGCCUGUUUUUAAUAUGUCUUUGUUUUAAAUGAAUUUUAGAAUAACUUAUACUGAUUAAAAAUGUAAACCAUAUGCAUCAUUGAUUGCGAGUGUAAAUGUAUUGAUCAUGUGUGAAACUUUUCAUUGUGCUAUUUAAGUUUGAAUUUGAUGAAUAAUAUACUGAAGUAUAUAGAUUUGUCUUCUACAAAUUAUUUAUAAAUGAUGCUGUUUAAAAUAAGCAAUACAUAUAUUAUAUAUAUAUUAUAUUGAUGAAUGAAUGACAUGAAUGGAUUACAUAUUUUUCUUGAGGUGAACACACAAAUUGAUUAUGAAGCCAA